AUGUGUUUCAAACGUCUGUUCUACACACCUCUUCUGGAGAUUGUCACGCUCUCUCUCUCUCUCUGUCUCUCUCUCUGUCUCUCUCUCUCUCUCUCUCUCAAACUCUCUCUCAAACUCUCUCUCAAACUCUCUCUCUCUCAAACGCUCUCUCAAACUCUCUCUCAAACUCUCUCUCUGGCCAUGACGCUGGCCGAGACGAUGAAUGGAGAAGUCAUCUCGGCCGACAAAUGCCACAUUUUUCGGGAGCUGCAGGUCGGCUUGGAUAAGGUGCCACCUGCUGCGCGCACUGCACCCUGCCACUUUGUUGACACCCACUAUCUGAACGAGCACUUCAACGCCGGCGACUUUGCCGAGGCAGCCACAGACCUCUGCCAACACAUUCAUGAGCAAGGCAAGACCCCCAUCAUUUUGGGAGACUCUGUCUUCUACCUCAAGACGCUUUUCACCGGCGUAAACCGCACACCCCGUCGCGACCCAGCGCAAGAAGCGGAGCUACGUGCUGAACUGGCUGAUCAACCCUGGUCCGCCGCCGUUGAACGACUGGCUGAAGUCGAUCCCCAAACUGCUGCCGUCAUUCUCCCCAACGAUUGGGCCCGCCUCUUGCGCUGCAUCGUCAUUCAUCGCAUGACGGGCAAGACCGUCGCAGACUUUGUCCCCGAGCCACCCAACAUUGAAUUCCGCAAGGUCUAUCUCAACCCUCCACGCGACAUGUUACACGACAAUCUCGUGGCCCGUUGCGAACGCAUCGUCGAUCGAGGCCUCGUUGAGGAAACCAUCGCCUUGAUGCCCGAUUAUCUGGAACAAGACUCGCGGCUGUCGCGCUUGCUCGGAUACCAGGAGGCGCUCGCCUACUUGGCUGAGUUCUGGUUUUCGCAGGAUCCAAAGUCAACGGCUCACAAACGCAAGGCAUUUCGGCGUCUUCUUUUUGCGCUCUACCGUUCGCAUCGUCGUGCCGCAGCACAACAACUGCGCUACUUUCGCUCGACCCCGGACUUUUAUCCACUAGAGUACGAUGCGCAUGGUGAUCCUGUUGAGAUACUGGAGCUGAUUCAAGAGUUCUAUCAAACAGGGGCUCUGCCCAAACACGUUGCAGGUGAUCAAAACCCUCUUCCAACACAACCGCCGCGUGAUGUGCACUGGUCACUCUACCAGGAGGACCAGAACGUGGACGACAAGAUUGCUGACGUGCAAGCAGCGCUGCUUAUGCACGGGCAAAAGCACAACUGGCCCGUUGAGCUUUUCCAAGACGAUGAGCCCGAAGUACAAGCCACCACCCACGUCUCCCGCCGGGCCAAUCGCUUUGCGGCGCGCCAAGCCGAGUACAAGCGUCGACGCUGAGCUGGUUGAGUGUUGCCAUCAAAUCACCGCCUCCCCUAAACUCAUGGAACCGACAUUGACGCCCGUCAAUGCCGAGAUUACCUUGCCCGGCCGCGCCGGAACUGCGAGCCCUCGCAAGCCUUUUGAAACGUUCUACUAUCUCUGCCCCCUUCCAUUCCACUAGCCGCCGCUUGCAAAAUAAAAAAAAUUACUUUUACUUUCUCUGUUUUGAGUUGUCAUCGUUGUGGACCACUCAAGCAGAACAGCUCUACCAGAGUUGUAAAGGGUUGUUAACACGCCAUUGCUGCUGGCUGACGUUCCAGAAAAAAAUCGAGUGGGAGUGAGCG